AAAAGUCAACAGCUGUUUUGUGUUAUGAUUUUACUGCACCUAUUUUCUUAUUUGCACGUGAAUUUAUAUAUUUGUUGUUGUUUAAAUCUUACUUGAUAGUUCCCGCAUUAUGCUAAUUAAGAAUAUAUUUUAAAAUGCUUUCGUUACGACGAUCAAUAAAAUAUACUUUACAAAGUUAUAUUAAGUACAAUGUGCGGUUUUGUAGCAACAAUUUUUGUCAACAUACGGCUAACGUAAAUGAAAAUGAUCAUAAUCUUUCCGUGCGUCAAUCGGAAUGGAAACUUGCACAAGAGCGGUAUGCAAAGCAUCCGCUAAUUCUAUAUAGUAACAAACUAGAAGAGCAAAUAGAAUUUAUGAGCCCUCAACAACUCCGCGCUUAUAAACAUAAAGAAGUCGUAAAGGAAAAACUUAAAUUACGCUAUUUACAAAACCAACCACAAACCAUAAGUGAAACAAAACGAAGUGUUAAUGGAAACGAUGAUAAAGAAAACAAUUUCCCAAUCAGUUGGAUGGAAGAUUAUGAAUUUUAUGAGGGCAAUGACAGCGGUACACACUCCCCUUUUGGUACAGCCGAUAGUAGUAUACAACCUUCAACCGUGCCUUGUAGUGGUUGUGGAGCGCAUUUGCAUUGUACCCGGACUAAUUUGCCAGGUUACAUUCCGGCAGAGAUAUUUAAAGGUCGUUCGAAUAAAGAGCUGCAAACAAUAACAUGUCAGCGCUGUCAUUUUCUAAAGCAUUAUGAUAUCGCGUUAGAUAUUGAGAUAAGUCCGGAAUCAUAUGUCGAAACCAUAUCUCGGAUUAGAGAUGAAUAUGCUUUAGCAAUAGUAAUUGUGGAUCUAUUGGAUUUCCCAUGCUCCAUAUGGCCAGGUAUAGGCGAUGUGCUUGGUCACAAACGCCCAGUAUUUGUAGUUGGCAAUAAAGUGGACUUACUACCGCGAGAUCACAAUAAUUACUUGGAUCAUGCUAAAAGUUGUUUGAAAGACCAAAUGGUGCAGUGUGGAUUCGACACGCUCAACAUUAAACACAUUAGCUUAAUUUCUGCUAAAACGGGUUACGGAAUUGAAGAACUCAUAACGCAGCUUCAUAAAAUUUGGGGUUACAAGGGAAAUGUUUAUUUAGUUGGUUGCACGAAUGUUGGAAAAAGUUCACUUUUCAAUAUACUUUUAAAUUCUGAUUACUGCCGACCGGAGGCAACAGAUUUAGUGCGCAAAGCAACGACAUGCCCUUGGCCAGGCACAACUCUACAAAUGUUGAAGUUCCCUAUACACCGGCCUUCCGAUAUAAGAAUAUAUCAACGUUUCCGUCGUUUAACUUCUGAACGUUCACAGAAAUACGCUGAGAAUGCAAUGCGCCGCCGAAAAGCACAAAAGACUGGUGACAUUAACGCAGCUCGUCUUGUUGGUAAAAUUGGCAGAACUUUUGUUAAUAAUGAAGAAACUGUGGACUCAUUCGCCGUAACAUCCGGUACACAACCAAUAGUAACUUUGAAUGAAAAGGAUCCGCGAUAUCGUCAAGCGAAAUGGUGUUAUGACACACCGGGUGUAAUGCAUCCAGAACAGUUUACCGAGUUGCUUACAACGCAAGAAUUGCAACAACUGACGCCACAUGAUAUGAUUACACCUAGAGCUAUACGUCUGAAACCGGGUAUGAGUCUCUUCCUAGCCGGGUUGGCUCGUUUGGAUUUCAUUGAAUGUAAAUAUGUUGAAAUUGACUGGGUAAAAGUAAUUGUAUACAGUUCGUUACACCUACCACUGGUGAUUGCGCACACAGAGAAAGCUGAAGAAAUGUAUAACGAAUACUUGGGAACGGAGAUACUAGGAUUACCGUACGGCGAUGAGACACGUCUAGCACGUUGGCCAGGAUUGAAAAGUUGCAAUGAAGUUAUACAACUUGUGGGCAAGUACGAGGACGCAAUAAGCUCUGAAAUAGUCUUAUCGUCAGCUGGUUGGGUUGGACUGAGAGUACCUUAUGCCAGUGAUUGUACAUUUAAAGCAUGGACGCCAGAAGCGCGUGGAAUUUAUGUGCGUACACCACCAUUGGUGCCAUACGCAGAACGUUUAGUGGGUAAACGUAUACGCAACUCCUUAGCAUAUAAUCUAGGAAAACCAUUUACAUUUAAAAAAUAAAAGAAUCAUACAAAACA